AUGGAGGAGACUAGGGUUUCGUCCGAGGGCAUGGCGGUGAAGGUAGAAAAGGUGUUGAAGAUGGUAUCUCUGAUGGUGACCGUUAGAAAUGAUUUUGCAACACCCACGUAUCUCUGUUGCAGCGACGUGGCUGUACGGACGGUGUCAGAAUACGUUCCAUCGCCGACGAUGGAGAAAGGAUCUGAAAACUCCGGCUCAUCUGAGUCAAAAUCGAUGGAGAACGUCCCUUACCUCGGAACCAUCCUCACUUUACCAAUCGAAACAACCGUCGGCAAAGGUAGUUUCGAGAACAAAACCCGAGUAGCUUUCAGUGACAAGCAGACGGGUUCCUAUGGACGUGCAACGGCGACGGAGAAGGUAAUCGGAGACAAGAGUGGCUACACAGAGGUCUACAACGAGCAGAGGGUUCGUAAUGUGAGUUUCAACAACAACAAUGACAACAAGAACAAUGACAACAAGAACGUCAUAGCAUACGACCAUGGCUAUGGUGAUGAGCAUGGUGGGUAUGGGUAUGAUUCUGAUUCUGACAAUGGCGAUGGUGUUGAGUAUGGUGGGUAUGUGUAUUAUUCCGAUUCUGAUUCCGACUAUUAG